GGGGACGCGUUUUGAACGUGACCAUUGCACGUUUUAUAUUGAAGGCUUUGCUGGUUCUGGUUCUACAUUUUCCCAAGUCUGUUUAAGACUUGACUUGUAACUCUUUUUCUACACUUGUCUAUAUACUUGAACCUAUAACAUGUCUACAACAAUGACACCACGACCUGACCUUCCAUUCAAGAACCAGAACCCCCAUAUCUCUUCUCUCGACCUCUCUAAAUUGCCUCCUGUCAAGUAUCAGUCGCUUGAUCGUGAUGGACAUGAGGUUUUGGUGGGGCGCAUGAAGAUUCCUACUCCCGGCGGUCAUGCUUUCAUCCUCAGACGCUUCGAUACCGGUGCCAUCAGUCUCACUACUAUGUUCCGGGCCGCAUUUCCUACUGCUUCUGAAGCUGAUGAACGUCGUGAAACAGUCUGGGUAAAGGAUACCUACGAUCUUGCAGGAAACAACGGUUCCACCAAGGAACCUUCCAUCGUUCGUCUUGCAGGAACAUGGGUCAGCCCUGACAUCGCUCUUCGUCCCGAAUUCGCACAAACAUAUGGUUUGGGCGGUGUCAUCCCUCAUGUCGCCAAGGCCACACCCGACCCCAGCGCAGCCUACCGCCGCUCUUCCACGAAAACGACGCCAAAAGCGGUGCCCAGAUCCUCUCCUGCUGCCACUAGCAAUCUCCCAACUCCUGCCCCUUCAAUCACACUUCCGACCCCCAAACGCAGGAGGGAAGCUUCCCCCGUACCGGCUGCAAAUCCUCCGCCUUCUAGCUUGCCCCCUCCACGCCGAUCAGCUCGGACCAAGAGUCCGGCACCUGUCCCAGUCUCUCUUUCGGCUAAAUCGCCUACCAAAUCGCCUGUCAAAGCCCCCCGAUCGCCAGCGCCUCGCUCGCCCGCACGUCGGUCACCCGCACCUAUCUCGCCGGCAAAAUCUAUCAAACCUGCAUCUGCCCGGGCCGUGCGAAUCAUCGAGGUGACUACUCCAGGGGGAUCUGACGAGACUGUCGUGGAAGAAGAAGCGGAAACAAUCGAAAUUGCGCGCCUGAAUAUGUCCCAGGACAUAGCUGAGCAGAAGGAAUUGAUCGAGCGGUUGAAAGCGGAGCGGGAUGGUCCGAUGAUGGAGACCGACUCAUUAAAGCGCACGAGGGAUGAUGCAGCUGAGAGGACAGAGUUGAGGUUUCAGUUUAAGGAACCAGAAAUGCAGGAAAGGCAAAUCGCAACAAACAAGCGGGUUGGAAGGUUCCAUCUGGAGCCGAGGCAAAAAUCAUUUGCAUGGGGUGUCGCGGCAUUCGCGAUUGGAAUGAGUGCAGUAUCAUUCCUUCCCAACUUAUUCUGAACACGCUUUCAGCUAGUCGUAUCUGUUUUCCUUAUUAUCCAACGCUCUCGUUUCCGUUCUUUUCUGGUGCCAAUUACACCUGUACGUCUGCUCUCUGCGACACAUUUUGUUCCCUUCGAUGGAUCUUCUAGUCCAUUAUUCACUUUCCCGAAUCCCGUAACGUUUUCCGGUUUACUUCGUAGGUAGAUCGUUUCUAUUGCUAAACGUUGAGUAGUAUUGUAAUGCUUGUGAUAUUGGCACAUGCAACUGUACGUGAUGACUGCUGCACUAGUGUUCGCAGAAGCGAAAUAAACCUUGAAAUGCAUCAUGGAUCGUGUUGUCACC